GCCGCGCCCCCUAGGCGGCGGGUGUCACAACUAACUGCAGCCGCCUGUGUCAGCAGCUGAUCGGCAGUCAGUGGUUGGCAUCAGUUGGCAUCGUAAACAACAGGGACAAACGUGCAAAGAAACGAACUCUGUCGUGUCUGUUCGUCGUUAUUGGCGAUUUGGUGAUAGAUCGACGGCGCUGCGAAGGAGAGCUAGUUAUCGGGGUAGUAGCAAUGGAUCAGCUGCCAGACGACUUGCAACGGGCACUAGAUGACCUGCCAAAUGACCUGCCGGACGACUUACUACUGGACCGGCUUCCGGAAGACGUGCUGCUGUCUGUGAUGAUGUACAUGGACGUACCGAGCCUCUUGCGUUGCCGCCUUGUGUGUCGGAGGCUGGGUACCCUCGCGCUGCACCCGGACGUAUGGCGACACAGAGAGUGCGUGGAUAGCGACCCUUGGUUUUGCGCGGCACUACGCCUAGCGCCGCGUCUGUACGAGAUGCACGUUAAUCUUCCUCUCCCCGAGGCCCUGCGCCGGCUGGUGUUGGAGACCGCGUGUCCCGUGACAUGCUUGGUUGUUGUGUUAGGCGACGAUGAGGACGAUAGCUAUGUCGCACAAGCCGCCCAGCUCAUCCGGCACCAGAGCGGGCUCGGACAGCUGAGAGGCGUAUAUGUGCGCUUCUCCCAACAUGAAGCGGCUCUCCUGACGGCUCCCAUAGCGUCGGAGCUGUUUGGGACCCUGAUGUCUACGCCUGAUCUAGCUCAAGUCUCAAUCGUGAACAGGAUCCCUGAAUCCCGCUUUCCCGUUGACAUCAGCAUCCCCGCGCCGCAACUUGCCAUCGCACCAUCAUUGACGUACUUCGAAUGCGUCCCCAUGUCCCCAGGGUUAACGGACCUCUGUGACUUGAUGCUGACUAGGAACGCUGCCACCUUGGAAUCGGUUUCUAUAUACCACAGCCUCACCUUGCGUACGCCCUCGGCGAUGUGUGCACUCGGCCAGAUGCCCCGCCUCGAGUAUAUGGCCUGCGACACGUUCGACGGGAUGCACGCCGUGGCGGCGUGCCCGUCGCUGAGGAGCCUCGAUCUCACCGUAUGGCACGCUGCUGGGUCGGUUACCGCUCCAGAAGAUGCCACCGAGCUACUACGCUCCGCCCACCAGCUCACUAAGGUUGUUUUGUAUUACACUUCCCAUGAUGGCUGUGACGUCCAACUGAUCACGGCCUUGGCCUCAUCCGGCAAGUCUCGCCUAGAGAGGUUGAGUGUCACGGACUACGGGAACCCUGACGGUUCGUUGCCGCAGCUGCAGGAGCUGCUCCGCGCGCUGCCUGGGCUGCCCGCUCUGCGCAAACUGGAGGUGCGCACGGAGACGAAAGAUCUUCAGCUAGACGUGGGUCCCAACACGGCUGAGGAGCUGCGGAGCCACUUCAUUUAGGACCCGAGAGCGUGAGGCGGUUCAUCAAUUAACUUACCGUGCGCCCGCUGCCUGUCCUGUUUGAGCUGUUCUUAGCUUUUCUUAUGAUGCCAUUUUUAUUUUGUGUAUUUUGUUUUACUCUGUGCAGCACAGUAAAUUAAACUAUGACUCAUGCCCCA